UUAAAAAUAAUAAGUGCUGAAUGGUUGCCCACAUGGGCACCUCCUAAUAAGUCUCCAGAAUCUAUUCUUCAAAUACAAACCGAACAAAAGAAGAAGCAGAAAGAAAGACACAAGCUCUUAUCUCUUUUUGUUAUCUUUUGUCUGAAUUAAAACAAAAAAAUGGAUCCUAUUUCGAAUAAUCAUCAAGAAUUGGAACAAGUCGAAGCCAUUGAUGAUCUUCUCGAAGAUUUCUGGUUCUUUGAUAACUUACUUGACAGAAGAUCAAGAACUUUGAGGUACUGUCAUUCAGAUCCUUACCCUUUUUCCCCUCCUUCAUCUUCUUCUUCUUCUACCUCUUCCACUUAUCCCAAACCCGAGCUCCCAAAAAUUGGAGAUUCGGAUUCGGAGAAGAAGCUUCUAGAAGCUCCCACAGAGGGAGACUCGGUUCCAGUUCCACCGCCGUGUACAGAGAAAAAAGAAGGUGGAGGCGAGCCUGAGAAGAUUAACAAGAUGAGAAGGCAGUUCUCUGAGAAGAUUAGGGUUCAAGAACGAAGAACUUACUUGCAGAAGAAGGAACCUGUGGUACGAGAAAAGCGAACUAAAGAAGGUUCAAGAAAGAACAGAACUAAUAGUAGUUGCCCGAUGGGAGGGAGUUUGCAGAGAACUCAGACAUUACCGAGUUACAUAGGAAGAGAAGUUGAUGGAAAUGAGUUUCAAGAUCAAGAGAGCGACGAUUCAAGGAUGGGAUUCUUGAUCCGUGAAGCCAUAGCAAGCUCUUCUUCUGGGUUUACUCCGACGAAACAGAACACCCCAAAGAUGUCAAGCAUUCCAAGGCAUAGACCGCCGAGAAACUCGAGAUCAGAAGACGCUAUUCAAGAAAUGGUAGUCAAGUCACAAAGAAGCCCAAACCGCAAAACGCUGCGUAAGACGUUAAGCAGCAUCGAGACGAAAGAGAUUCUGAUGUUGAAGGAAUUGGACAUUAGUGAAUCGGUGAAGAAACACGAAAUUGAAGAUGAAGAACAGAGGAGGGUCCCACGCGCCGCCUUGAAAAGUCGGUCUGCAGCGGUGGUUGGACAGCCAGUCCCGGUUUGGGUUCCAAAGGAUUCGAGUAGAGAUAUGAAAGCUCAAAUCAAGUUCUGGGCUCGAACUGUCGCAAGUAAUGUUCGGCAAGAAUGCUGAAACAACAAAUGAUUUCUAUAAAUAAAAUAAUACCCAUUUCCAUAUUCUUUAGUUCCUUUUUUGUUCAUAGACGUUUGAU